CAGGAAUUAGUCUCCGUGGAGUUUCUCCUUCACCUCGCCGCCGUUUCUUCGGUCUUUGGCCCGGUGGAAGUCACUGCCUUCGAGCAGGAGGCAGCGGCAGCCGCCCUCGUCUCGCCGCCCCCGGUUCGGUGCCCGCGGUCCCGGAGAGGAGGUGCCGCAGCCACCGCCGCUCCCCCCCUCCCGCUGCCCUCGGGCCGGGCUGGGUCGAGCUGCGAUGCCCUCGGACUUCAUCUCAUUGCUCAGCGCGGACCUAGACCUGGAAUCGCCCAAGUCCCUGUACUCGCGAGAUUCUCUGAAGUUACACCCAUCACAGAAUUUUCAUAGAGCUGGACUAUUGGAAGAAUCUGUCUAUGAUCUUCUCCCAAAGGAGUUACAGUUACCUCCACCUAGAGAAACGUCUGUAGCAUCAAUGAGUCAGACAAGUGGUGGUGAGGCAGGCUCGCCUCCUCCAGCUGUAGUUGCUGCUGAUGCUUCUUCAGCUCCUUCCUCUUCCUCCAUGGGCGGUGCUUGCAGCUCCUUUACCACCUCUUCCAGCCCUACCAUUUAUUCUACCUCAGUCACCGACAGCAAGGCUAUGCAAGUGGAGAGCUGCUCCUCAGCCGUGGGGGUAAGUAACAGAGGGGUAAGUGAAAAGCAGUUAACCAGUAACACAGUCCAGCAGCAUCCAUCAACACCGAAGAGGCACACAGUCUUGUACAUCUCACCACCACCUGAGGACUUGCUGGAUAACAGUCGGAUGUCCUGCCAGGAUGAGGGGUGUGGAUUGGAAUCUGAGCAGAGCUGCAGUAUGUGGAUGGAGGAAUCCCCCUCCAACUUCAGUAACAUGAGCACCAGUUCCUACAAUGAUAACACUGAGGUACCUCGUAAAUCACGAAAACGAAAUCCAAAGCAGAGGCCGGGGGUCAAACGACGAGAUUGUGAAGAAUCUAAUAUGGAUAUAUUUGAUGCCGACAGUGCCAAAGCACCUCACUAUGUGCUUUCUCAGCUUACCACGGACAGCAAAGGCAACUCAAAAGCUGGAAAUGGAACAUUGGAAAACCAAAAAGGAGCUGGAGUAAAGAAGAGCCCUAUGUUGUGUGGACAAUAUCCUGUUAAAAGUGAGGGCAAGGAGCUGAAGAUAGUUGUACAACCUGAGACCCAGCACCGAGCUCGGUACCUAACUGAGGGUAGCCGUGGCUCUGUAAAAGAUAGAACACAGCAAGGCUUUCCUACAGUAAAGCUGGAAGGCCAUAAUGAACCAGUAGUGUUGCAAGUGUUUGUGGGUAACGACUCUGGUCGAGUGAAACCACAUGGAUUUUAUCAGGCCUGCAGGGUAACUGGGAGAAAUACAACUCCCUGCAAAGAAGUGGACAUUGAAGGCACUACUGUUAUAGAAGUUGGCCUUGAUCCUAGCAACAACAUGACACUGGCGGUGGACUGUGUAGGGAUAUUGAAAUUAAGGAAUGCUGAUGUUGAAGCCAGAAUAGGAAUUGCUGGUUCCAAGAAAAAAAGCACUCGUGCCAGAUUGGUUUUCCGAGUUAAUAUCACAAGGAAAGAUGGCUCCACUUUGACGCUACAAACACCCUCUUCUCCAAUUUUGUGUACUCAGCCAGCAGGAGUGCCAGAAAUCUUAAAGAAAAGCUUGCAUAGCUGUUCAGUGAAAGGAGAAGAAGAAGUGUUUUUAAUCGGCAAGAACUUUCUAAAAGGAACAAAGGUUAUUUUCCAAGAAAAUGUUUCUGAUGAAAACUCUUGGAAGUCAGAAGCUGAAAUCGACAUGGAAUUAUUUCAUCAGAAUCAUCUUAUUGUGAAGGUUCCCCCAUAUCAUGACCAACAUAUAACUUUGCCUGUAUCAGUGGGAAUUUAUGUAGUGACCAAUGCUGGAAGAUCUCAUGAUGUUCAGCCAUUCACCUACACUCCAGACCCAGCAACAGCUGGUACUUUGAAUGUAAAUGUGAAGAAGGAAGUAUCUAGUCCAGCAAGACCUUGUUCUUUCGAAGAGGCCAUGAAAGCAAUGAAAACUACAGGAUGUAACUUGGAUAAGGUAAACAUUCUUCCUAACGCUCUGAUCCCUCCACUCAUAUCAAGCAGCAUGAUUAAGAGUGAAGAUGUUACUCCAAUGGAAGUAACAGCAGAAAAAAGAUCUUCCCCUAUUUUUAAGACUACAAAGACAGUUGGAUCAACUCAGCAAACAUUGGAAAAUAUCCCUACCGUAGCAGGAAAUGGGUCUUUUUCAUCAUCAUCUUCCCACUUAUCUUCUGAAAAUGAAAAGCAGCAACAGAUUCAGCCCAAGGCAUACAACCCAGAGACCCUAACAACUAUCCAAACACAGGACAUUUCACAGCCUGGUACCUUCCCAGCAGUUUCUGCUUCUAGUCAGCUGCCUAAUAGUGACCCACUACUACAGCAGGCUACACAGUUUCAGACAAGAGAAACUCAAUCUAGAGAGGUAUUACAGUCAGAUGGUACAGUGGUUAAUUUGUCACAACUGACUGAGGCAUCACAGCAACAACAGCAGUCACCACUACAAGAACAAGCACAGACUUUACAGCAGCAGAUUUCAUCAAAUAUUUUUCCAUCACCAAAUAGUGUGAGUCAGCUGCAGAAUACUAUUCAGCAGUUGCAAGCAGGAAGUUUUGCAGGCAGUACUACUAGUGGCAGCAGUGGAAAUGUUGACUUGGUCCAACAAGUUUUAGAGGCACAACAACAGUUAUCUUCAGUUUUAUUUUCUGCUCCAGAUGGUAAUGAGAAUGUUCAAGAACAGCUUAGUGCAGACAUUUUUCAACAAGUCAGUCAAAUUCAAAGUAGCGUAAGCCCAGGAAUGUUUUCCUCAACAGAGCCAGCAGUCCAUACCAGACCAGAUAAUUUAAUACCUGGAAGAGCUGAAAAUGUUCAUCCACAGACUGAAAACACACUGUCUAAUCAGCAGCAGCAGCAACAGCAACAGCAAGUGAUGGAAUCAUCAGCUGCAAUGGUGAUGGAGAUGCAGCAGAGUAUCUGCCAGGCAGCUGCCCAAAUUCAGUCAGAGUUAUUUCCUUCAACUGCUUCAGCAAAUGGAAACCUUCAACAAUCUCCAGUUUACCAGCAGACUUCUCACAUGAUGAGUGCAUUAUCUACCAAUGAGGACAUGCAAAUGCAAUGUGAAUUGUUUUCUUCUCCUCCUACAGUUUCUGGAAAUGAAACUUCUGCAACCACCACUCAGCAGGUUGCAACUCCUGGCACUACCAUGUUUCAGACAUCAAGUUCAGGCAAUGGAGAAGAAACUGAAGCACAAGCAAAACAGAUUCAGAAUAGUGUCUUUCAGACCAUGGUCCAGAUGCAACAUAGUGGGGACAGUCAGCCUCAAGUUAACCUUUUUUCAUCUUCAAAAGGUAUGAUGAGUGUUCAGAAUAGUGGUACCCAGCAACAAGGCAGUGGUUUAUUCCAGCAAGGUAAUGAGAUGAUGUCACUUCAAUCUGGGAGUUUUUUGCAGCAGUCUUCUCAUUCACAGGCUCAACUUUUUCAUCCUCAAAAUCCUAUUGCUGAUGCUCAGAACCUUUCCCAGGAAACUCAAGGUUCUAUUUUUCAUAGUCCAAGUCCUAUUGUCCGCAGUCAGACUUCUACAACCUCCUCUGAACAAAUGCAGCCUCCAAUGUUUCACUCUCAGAGUACCAUCACUGUGCUACAGGGAUCUUCUCAAGACCAGCAACCAACCAACAUAUUUCUUUCCCAGAGUUCUAUGAAUAAUCUCCAGACUAACACAGUAGCUCAAGAAGAACAGAUUUCAUUUUUUGCAGCACAGAACUCAAUUUCUCCACUUCAGUCAACAUCAAACACUGAGCAACAAGCUGCUUUCCCACAGCAGGCUUCAAUAUCACACAUCCCAUCCCCUAUGCUGUCCCAAGAACAGGCACAACCAUCUCAGCAAGGUUUAUUUCAGCCUCAGGUGUCCCUGGGCUCCCUUCCACCUAAUCCAAUGCCUCAGAACCAACAAGGAACAAUCUUUCAGUCACAGCACUCAAUGGUUGCCAUCCAGAGUAACUCUCCAUCCCAGGAGCAGCAGCAACAGCAACAGCAGCAGCAACAGCAGCAGCAACAGCAGCAGACCAUUUUAUUCAGUAAUCAGAAUACCAUGGCUACAAUGGCAUCUCAAAAGCAACCACCACCUAACAUGAUAUUCAACCCAAAUCAAAAUCCAAUGGCUAAUCAGGAGCAACAGAACCAGUCAAUUUUUCACCAACAAAAUAAUAUGGCAUCAAUGAAUCAAGAGCAGCAGCCCAUGCAAUUUCAGAAUCAGCCCACAGUUUCCUCACUUCAAAACCCGGGUUCUACCCAGUCUGAAUCACCACAAACCUCCUUGUUCCAUACCUCUCCUCAGAUUCAGUUGGUCCAAGGGUCACCUGGUUCUCAAGAGCAGCAAGUAACACUCUUCCUCUCUCCAGCAUCCAUGUCUGCCUUGCAGACCAGUAUAAACCAACAAGACAUGCAACAGUCUCCUCUUUAUUCCCCUCAGAACAGCAUGCCUGGAAUCCAAGGAGCCACAUCUUCACCUCAACCACAGGCUACCUUAUUUCGCAACACUGCAGGAGGCACAAUGAAUCAACUACAAAAUUCUCCUGGCUCAUCUCAGCAGACAUCAGGAAUGUUCUUAUUUGGCAUUCAAAAUAACUGUAGUCAGCUUUUAACCUCUGGACCAGCUGCGUUGCCAGAUCAGUUGAUGGCUAUAAGCCAGCCAGGCCAGCCACAAAAUGAGGGCCAGCCACCUGUGACAACACUUCUAUCUCAGCAAAUUGCAGAGAAUUCUCCACUGACAUCUUCUAUAAACACCAACCAGAACAUCGAAAAGAUUGAUUUGCUUGUUUCAUUGCAAAACCAAGGGAACAACUUGACUGGCUCCUUUUAACUGGAUGUAAAUUUCAUGAAGAAAACCUGAUUCCAAGAUGUCCUGAGAUUUUGUGGUUCCAUGACGAUUAUUGAACUGUUACUGUAAAAACAAAACAAAAUAUGAAAAACUGUUUGAGUAAAUGACUAGAUUUUACUCUGACUGCAAAAGAGCACACUUCUGCUGCCUAUUGCAGUGAUUAGCCAUCAAUGUUAACAUCUUCAUAUUUUAUAUUUCUAAUAACAGUGGUGACUGAGAAUCUAUUUGAGUUCCCAGCUGACAAUUCAUUGUUGCUAUUUUCCUAGGCACUGUUUCUGUAAAAGUACAGUUUAAAUUAAAGGCUGGACCGUCAGUCAUUAUUGCUAUUAGAAGAUAAUUCAUAUCGUCAUGUUUACUUUUGUUCUUUAUUUUCUUUCCUGUAUUGUUUUAGUCAACUAAUGGGUUUUGAAAAAGUAAAAUUCAAAUAAUAUCUAAGGCUGUGAUUUUUCAACAUAAAAAGCACAGCUAUUGGCCAAAGUGAAGGAAUCUUUUUUCAGUUUUUAUGGAGAAACUGAAGAGGUAACAUUCUGACAAGUAAGCUAUAUUAAGAACUCUACACAGAUGAGAGAACUAUUUAACACAAAGGCAGACAAUACAGUUUUAAAACUGGGGACAGCUGGAAUGCUAUUGAUUUUAUUUUUCAGAGAGUUGUUAAUUCUCUGUGUUUCUACUAAGGGGUUUAACCAUAACUGUGCAUAGAAAAGUAAUUAUCAUGCUCUAUAAAAAAUGAAGGGGAUAACAUAUGGCAAAUUAUGUUCUGAUAUAUUCUACAGUAGUUUAAACUGACAGUAAUUUGAGUCUGUUUUCCUCUUAACUCAGUCUAAGACCGGCAUUCCCUUUUAUAUUCAUCCCUGUUAUUCUUCCUAUCUUUCUCAUUUUAUUUUAGGUAAUUAUUAAUAUACUUACUGCCUUUAUGACCCUGUAGCAACUUAAAGGAACAAGGCCGCUUUGAUCUAGGAUGACCUAACUCCUACAGCACAGGGCAGGGGAGUGAGUACCCUUUCAGGAAUUGAUUGGGAGUUGAUUCCUGAGAAACAAUGCUUUUUUUUUUUUUCCCCGUGAACGGUGCUGUUCUGAAAUCUUCAAAUUUUCCCCUCUAACAGGAAACAGUAUAAAUUUUAA